CAAGAUGGCGCCGGGCGGGCGGCUGUGAGCGGCGCUCAGGGCGCGCUGGGCGGGGAGCCGAGCCGGGCCGGCGGCGGGCGGACGGGGCGGGCGCAGGCGGCGCGAGUUGGGCGCCGAGGACGGGGCGCCGCGGGCAGGGCCGGCCGGCCGGCGGGCGGAGCGCCGCCGCCGACGCACACGAGGUGACCAGGCAUUGAUGCACCCCCAGGGAGGCCACGCGCUCAAGGAGGCCACCCCCGCUGGCUGCUGCUCACAUGGUUUCUGGGCCCCUGGCACUCCGGUGGUACGCGUGGGCGGGGCGUGGGGACAUGGGGCCCGACAUGGAGCUGCCCAGCCACUCCAAGCAGCUCCUGCUGCAGCUGAACCAGCAGAGGACGAAGGGCUUCCUGUGUGAUGUCAUCAUCAUGGUGGAGAACUCCAUCUUCCGCGCCCACAAGAAUGUCCUGGCCGCCAGCAGCAUCUACUUUAAAUCCCUGGUCCUGCAUGACAACCUCAUCAACCUGGACACAGACAUGGUCAGCUCCACGGUGUUCCAGCAGAUUCUGGACUUCAUCUACACAGGCAAGCUGCUGCCCAGCGACCAGCCGGCUGAGCCCAACUUCAGCACUCUCCUCACUGCCGCCAGCUACCUCCAGCUGCCCGAGUUGGCAGCGCUCUGCCGCCGUAAACUCAAGCGAGUCGGCAAGCCCUUCGGCUCUGGACGGGUGGGUGCCUCCGGCAUGGGAAGGCCACCCCGCAACCAGCGGCUGUCCACGGCCUCUGUCAUCCAGGCACGGUAUCCAGCACUUGUGGAUGGACGCAAGGGGGCCCACACCCCCCAGGAGCUCCCCCAGGCCAAAGGCUCUGAUGAUGAGCUCUUCCUCGGAGGCUCCAGCCAGGAGGAUGUCCAUGGCCUGGGCCGGGCUGUCUGUCCAGCCAGCGGGGAGGCCGGCUUGGGCAGCUGCAGCACCAAUGGGAGCAGCGGGGGCUGUGAGCAGGAGCUGGGCCUGGACCUGUCCAAGAAGAGCCCACCCCUGCCCCCUGCCACCCCUGGUCCUCCCCUGACCCCUGAGGACCCGGCCCAGCUGAGUGACAGUCAGCACGGCUCGCCCCUCUCAGCCUCCGCCCCUCCUGUUGCCAACAGUGCCUCUUACGCUGAGCUGGGGGGCACCCCUAAUGAGCCCAUGGAUCUGGAGGGGGCCGAGGACAACCACCUGAGCCUGCUGGAGGGGCCCGGUGGGCAGCCCCGGAAGAGCCUACGGCACUCGGCCCGCAAGAAGGAGUGGAGCAAGAAGGAGCCCAGGGUGGGGUCCCCCUUUGAGCGGAGGGAAGUGGGGCCCAAGGGCCCCUGCCCAGGGGAAGAGGGCGAGGGGCUAGGGGACAGGGUUCCCAAUGGCAUCCUGGCCAGCAGCGUUGGAGGGGGCGGCCCCAGUGGGCCCUACACGGAGCCCCCGUACCCCUGCAAGGAGGAGGAAGAGAACGGCAAGGACGGGAGUGAGGACAGCGGGCAGAGCGGGAGCGAGGGGGGCAGUGGCCAUGCCGGCACGCACUACAUGUACCGGCAGGAGGGCUACGAGACCGUGUCUUAUGGGGACAACCUGUAUGUGUGCAUCCCCUGCGCCAAAGGCUUCCCCAGCUCCGAGCAACUCAAUGCCCAUGUGGAGACACACACGGAGGAGGAGCUGUUCAUCAAAGAGGAGGGUGCCUACGAGACGGGCAGUGGGGGUGCCGAGGAGGAGGCCGAGGACCUGUCGGCGCCCAGCGCAGCCUAUGCAGCCGAGCCCCGGCCCUUCAAGUGCUCGGUGUGUGAGAAGACCUACAAGGACCCGGCCACGCUGCGGCAGCACGAGAAGACGCACUGGUUGACGCGGCCCUUCCCCUGCAAUAUCUGCGGCAAGAUGUUCACGCAGCGCGGCACCAUGACGCGCCACAUGCGCAGCCACCUGGGCCUCAAGCCGUUCGCCUGUGAUGAGUGCGGCAUGCGCUUCACGCGCCAGUACCGCCUCACCGAGCACAUGCGUGUGCACUCGGGUGAGAAGCCCUAUGAGUGCCAGCUCUGCGGGGGCAAAUUCACCCAGCAGCGCAACCUCAUCAGCCACCUGCGCAUGCAUACCUCCCCCUCCUAGAAGCCAAAGACCCUUCUCCCCGGCCUGAGGCUGCCCUCCGCAGACCCGCCCUCGGGAGCCCACCGAAGGAAGGAAGACGCAUGGAGGCCGGGCGGGAGGGGCUGGGACCCCCAAGUCCCGUGGGGGUGGCUCCUGGUGGCACCCGCAGCCAGCCCCCCCCACACCCAGAGCUUUAAUGGACAGUCUGUAAAAGGGCAGCGAGAGGAGGGAAGCUGAUGGGCCCGAGUUCCGGGUGCGCAUUGCUGGUGUGCAGUCUACCUCCCGAAUCUGCCCCGGCUCCCCGGGAGGGCCACUGCAGCGUCUGUGGGAGUGGGUCACAGGGGUCUCGCUGGGACCUGGCCCCCUUCCCGCAGGCCGGGUCCGAGCAGGGGGCCAUGGGGCCUCCCUCCGCUGGGGAGGAGCAGGGCUGUCCCAUGGCCAGGGGCGCUGUCUGUGUGCGUGCACGAGUGCUUGUCUGUGUGCGGGCCACCCUGGCUCUUUGGGGAGUGGUGCUGGAGGGAAUGGGACAGAGCCCUCCUUCUUUGAGCCAGGGGUCACUGCUCACUGGCGCUGGGACAGUCAGGGGGCCCCCCGCCGCCUACCUCUCCACAGCUAAACAGCCCUCUGGGCCUAUGUUGCUGUUAUUCCUACUGAUCUGUUCCUUUUUUCUUUUUGAAUUUUGUUUUUUAAACCAAAACCAACAAGAGUUUAUUUUCCUCCCGGCCCCUCGGGGCUGAGCCUGGGUCUGCAGACUGAAUGUACAGGGGCAACUGCCCCUCCCGCCCCCGCCCGGCUGCGGGCUGAGGGGCGCCCACCCCUCCAGGCCCCAGAAGCCCUUAUUGGCCAAAGGCUUCCCUGGGCCCCGAGCCCUGCCUCGGCUGCCUCAGGAGAGAGAGUGAUUUUCCUAUAGUUUCUGAGGAAUAUUCUUUGUUUAGAGGUACUUCUUUUUUAUUAAGAGAAAAACCAGUGUAACGUUUAUGUGAAUGUUGGAACUGGAAGGUCUGGGAUUUGUGGGGGGAGGGGGGAGGCUGGAUUUGAUGCCAGAGCCGUCGGUACUCUUCUUUAUCAUUUUGUGUGUGUGUGUGUGUGUGUGUGUGUGUGUGUACAUGUACGUGUGUAUGUAUGUAUGUAUGUAUGUAUGUAGUGUGUGUGGCGCAUGUGGACAGAUAUCGAGCUUUCCUUCCUUCCUUACCGAUAAAGGUGGAGAGACUUCUGACCUUUUGCUACCUCUUGAAUCCACAAGAACAGUAUGUUGGUGGCUGGCAGCUGAGGCCAUGACACUUGUUUUCCUCCUGUUGGUGCGCACAGGAAGACGUGCGUUUGAGUGAGCUGGGCUUACCCUCCUGGGCACCCCCACCAUCCCCACUCCCACCCCCAGCGCUCUCAGAGAAGGGCUCUGCUCCCCAGAGCAUACUGCUUGCCAUGUCCACCCUGUGGGUGUUCUGAGUGUGUUGCUGAGCAUCAGGGAGCCUGUGUGUGCCCCUGAUCUGGGCCUGGGGGCAAGGGGUGUGCUCCGGCCUCGUGGGAGAGCGGGCCGUGGAGCCUUACCUCUGGAGCCAGCUACUUGGAGCUCCCUUGCCAGGGCCAGGAUGAAGUGGAAGUGAGCCCCCCCAUCCUGUCCCUUGGGACCGUGAGAGCCAGAACUUGGAGGAGCAGCAGGCCAGUGCAGAGGCAUGGAGGGACACUGACCAAAGUGAUGCAAACCCCCCCACCCCGGGGGGACAGGGAGGAGGCCUGCCCUGCUUUGGCACCUUCUUGGGGGCGGUCCUGGCUGCUCCGGCAAGAGGCUGGAUGCCAUUAGUUGGCUAAGCCCUGUCUGGAGUCCCCACCCCUCACCCCUCAACGUGGGGUUUCUCUCUCAGCCUCAGGACCCUUCUGUGGGCCAGGGGUCAGGCUCCAAGGUCGCUGUGGUUGGCCCCACUAUCCUUGGCUGACUGGAGCCACACGGCUGGGCCAGCAGCUGAAUCUUCAUUUUGCUUCAUGCUUUUCUUUUCUUUGUUUCUUUGUUUCUUUCUUUUUUUUCCCCUUCCUACUCUUAAGUUCAGACCAAAAAUUCCAGAGUCAUCCUUUACCCUCACCCCUCCAGAGACCCUCCAGCUGAAAACAGCCUGAGUUUAGGGACCCAAAUGGUGCAGGGUGUGUUUUGCAAGUGAGGGCUCCUGGCUGAGCCCAUCUCAAGGUGCCCCGAGCCCCAAGUUGGGUCUUAACUCCCUCUGGGUGGGAGGGGAGCACUGGACCCAGGGUCUCGUGUUCCCAGAAGUCAGGUUGGGGGGUGGGCAGGGUUCCUCUGCCCUCCCGACCCCACUUCACUCCGUCAGCACUUAAGCCACAUGACACAAAGUCUGUACAGCACGGGAGUUGUACGCAUGCCUGUGUGUGGCCUCUUGGGCCAUGGGCGGCUGCAUCCGUGAGGUGACCCGUGAGAGCAGGUGAUUCAUUUGCAGAGCUUCAGGGACUGGGCGCAAAGGCCCCUCACUCAACGACAUUCAUGCGACAUAGUAUUGUACCCACCUGAGUAUUGUAUCGAGCCUUUUCUGUAUUUUAACAAGAAAGCAAAACACUAGUUUCCUAUUUAAGAUUUUAAGGGUUUGUGGGGAGGGUUGGGACUGAUUAACACAACACUUGGUUUUGUUUUCUUUUUCUUUUGAUUUCAUGUGGAGUGUGUGCUUGUGAGUGUGUGCGUGGACAUGUGUUAAGAGCCUCACAAGGAAAUUAGGCCGUUGGAGGCCAAGGGCGGCUUACAGUUCUCUGCUUUAGUCACUUAAUUCCUGAAUGUUUCGGAGAAACAGGAAACAGAGAAAAUAGCAGAUGUCAUGUAGGAAAGAGGAUAAACACAACAAAACAAAACAAAACAAAAAAAAAAAAAGAAAAAGAAAAAGAAAAAGAAAAAAAAAAGCUCAUACCCAAAUUCACAAAACCUAUUUUUUAAACCAAAGCACAUUUUGAAUGAGUAUGGAACCUCAAUGGGCUCAGAAAAAAAGA